CGUAAGGUUACUUUUAAUGUUUGUAACUGCGCGUGAAAAAUCACUUCGUGAUCGCCACCCGCGCUGACAAGCCGAACUUGGAUUGAACCUGGACUGAACUUCAGAAGGAAAAAAAUGGCAGAAAAAGUGACGCUCCCGACUAUUCUUUCUCUUAAUGUUGGAGGUCAUUUCUUUACCACUCGCCUUUCAACACUUCUGAAGGACGAAGAUUCCAUGUUGGCAGCCAUGUUUAGUGGGCGACACAAGCUAGAGGUGGAUAAUGAAGGAAGAUAUUUCAUUGACCGUGACGGAACAUACUUUGGCUAUAUCUUAAACUACUUGCGGGAUGCGUCACUGCUUCCUCAAGCUUCUGUUGCGUUAUAUGUGUACCGCGAAGCGCAAUACUUCAGGUUAGAGAAACUUAUCCGUCGGCUCGAACGCUACCCUUCUGUUGUUCCAUAUGUAAUAAUAGAAGAACAGACGAGAGACUUCACUGAACGGUAUCUUCACUGGAAACACAUCCUUCUAGAAACAGCACAGCAAAAGUAUCGCCAAUUUGUAAAAUUCUCAAUUGGUCGUGACUGCGCCCUUACAGUGACGCGAUACGCUUCGCAAAAUGAUUACAAGCUCAGUGCAAGUGUCUGCAAAAGUUACAGUUCACUUUGCGACGAGAAGGAAAACUACCAAAGCCAUCAAUUCUUCUGCGUGGAUGAGAAAGGAGAAAGACUUGAGUAUUAUAUAGGACCUGAUCUCCCAUUGGUCGAUUUCAUUGUCCCAGAUGAAGAUAUCCCGGAUUGUCGGCUCUUUACGUCCCUGGCAGAAAAAGAUCUGCGUCUGGAAGGAUUUUAUGCCAGCGGAAGUUUGUCGCAUGCGUGGAAAUGCUUGCGAUGUAAUGCGACAGGACUUCUACACCAGAUGGCUUUUAAAUGGGUUCUCCCUUGCCCAGAUAUGAACAUGGUGUCACGAGAGACGCGAUGAGCCAAUCAAAACUCGAAACAUGAAACCUUUGUCCAGUGUUUUUUGGUUCGGCGCAUGCCCAAGCUUUCACGUGAGCGUAAGAUAAGUUUUGUCGCUUUCUUACUGAACCACAUGUUGCUCAGUCAGCAAUCACAGACCACAGUUUGAGUAUGCAGAAUGAUUAAUAACCAGAUUUGGCGGCAGAAAUCGACAGAUUUUCAUAGAAAGUGUCGAAUUUAGGGUUGAACAUUGAAUUUGUUAUUCGAGCGAUAGGAAUUUAUCCAAGAAACUCGCUCGAGUUAUCCACUCGCAUCCGAUUGGUUCAUAAAUUAAGUGGUGCUUGGAAGUCGGGUCAUACAGAAAGGUAAUUGUAAUGAGAAAAAUUACCGCUCUAUCGCAACGUUUUCGCCAUUAACCGCAAAAACUUUCAAAGAAAAAGUUCCCGCAAAAAUCAUCAGCUCGCUUUUGAUUGUUUCAUAACCAACAGAAUUUGCAGCUUGCACUUGUCCCAAGGCCAACGGUUUGUUUAACCCUAUUGGUCUGACUGAAUUUUUUUUUUACAUAUUAUUUUUUUUUUGUAAAUUUGCGGACAUAUUUUUUCAACGUUUCUUUCUUUCUCAGAUUACUUAUUCCUAAAAACCAGCUCGUUUACAGAAGUUUACUGUUUAUAAAAUUUCUAUUAUGUUGUCCAAACCCGGGCCAUAACUGAGGCAAUCCAAUCAGACCAGAGAACGCUACAUAGUCCUACAUAGUCUAAGCUACAUAAUGAGAAUGAGUUAUUGCUCUUCGCCAGUUUAUCUGCAAACAUGUUCUGGUGAUUAGGAACUAAACUUACUACUAAUUCCUAGCUCUCCUCUGGGAGAAUAGGGCCAUUAGGAACUAAACUUAGUGGCUGAAAAUUAAAUUAAAAGAUGAAAUUAAAGCUCAUAACGUUACCUCCGUUUUUGUCAUCCGUUUCACUUGUCUCAGUAAAGCUUAUCUCACUCAAUCAAUUGUAAGUAAGCCUGCUAUUAAAAACAGUGACAGUUAUAUGCCGACAGUGAACGUUCUCAAGUGGGUGAUGUAGCAGCUGUCGUAAGGUCUCACAUGAAUGGCUUGUUCCCCUCUGAGAACAAACAACAGAAACAAUGCCCCUAGCCCUAAAACAAUAACAGCUGCUAACAAUGAAGAGAAUUACAAGCUUACAAGAGCUGUUACACUUCUGUCUCAAGUCAGCUUCUGUCAAUUCAUUGCAUCACGUCUCGUCAUAAUCGUCUAAGUUUGCGCGCACGUUCGAGAAUUGUUGCGCGCGCGUGCUUUGGAGUGAUAUGUUCGCCCGCUUACUUUCGUCUCAUUAUGUCAUGUCACACUAAAGGCUUUGUAGUUAUGUAGUCGAGAGUGUUUUCACAUGAUGUCGUCAGUUUGAAAUAUCCCAGAGUAAAGAACCACCAAAGUUUAUAUCCUCGUCACGUAUAAGAGGAGCUAAAUUUAUAUCUGUUUACAAUUUUUCAACACAAUUUAAC